AAAUAUACGAUGAUGGCAUGGGCAAGGGGAAGUACGAGGGAUAUGUAACCUCCAUUGCUCCUAAUGAUGAAGUUGAUGAUGAGGAAGAGGAUGAUGGGUAUAAUCAGAAGAGACCUGGGUUGGGGGCUGCAGCUCCCCUUAAUGAUGUUAAUCAAGGUGAUUUUGAUCCCUUUGCUGAUAGAAGGCGUCCAACGAUAGCUGAUAGAGAAGAUGAAUAUCGUCAGAAAAGGCGUAGGAUGAUAAUAUCCCCAGAAAGAGUUGAUCCUUUUGCAGACGGGAAUCAGCACUGAAAAUGAGUUGAGCUGAAAGAGCGCAGUUGUAGUGGAGUCGACGGCGUAGAUCGCAAAAGUGAUCGAACGAUCGGUAACGAUGCCAAUACAGUACCCAAUAUACAUGUAUAUGCCGUUAUUAUCAACGUCUAUAUACGUGUAUCUAACUAAUCUUGUCUACUUUCAAGUAAAAAGAGAGUGAAAGAUCGCGUGCAUUGCCAAUGAAAAAUUAUUAAUUACCCCAGCCUAUUUCUAGGUUCGAUUUGUUUCCAAGAUUACGAGAUCGCCCUGUGUUGGAAAUCACAGCACGUACGUAUCCGAGAUUCGAGCAACAUAUUUCACUUUUUGCAAAUAUCAAUCCUGUGUUAUUAUUAUUAUUUGCCCCACAAUAAAAUAAUUAAUAAUUUAGUAACAAGUGAAUAUGUCUAUCGGAUCUUAAGUAAUUAAACUGGAAGAACAGAUACUGCAAUAACAGCAAUGACUGUUUUGUACAACUCGUUACGUUUAUUCUAUUUUUAUUUGUUUGGAUUUGCAGGUGGGAAAACACCAGAUUUCAAUGCCAGGGGAUACACCCAGAUUAUGAAAGAGCAGAUGCUCAAAAGUGAAGAAAAAGAGAUUCAAAAGAAGAUUUUGGAAAAGGCUAAGGACGGCUCAUUAAAAGUAAGUAACGGCGAAGCAAAAACAGCACCAAAAAAACGCGCUCGUUGGGAUCAAACUGUCGAAGAAUCAUUCGUUCCAGCUAAAAAGAAAACUUUGCAAGUUACAACCGCAAACAGCGCAGCCACGCCAAUUUGGGACGCAGAUAGUACGCCAGCUGAUCACCGUUGGGAUGAAACUCCAGGGCAUAAAGGAAGUGAAACGCCAGGAGCUACACCUGGGCAAUCCACCAGGCUUUGGGAUGCUACACCAGGAGCUGCAACGCCUGGAAGGGAAACUCCAGCACACGAUAAAGGCACAUCUAGGAGAAAUCGUUGGGAUGAGACUCCAAAAACAGAAAGGGAAACACCGGGACAUUCUAGCGGAUGGGCCGAAACACCGAGAACAGAUAGAACUGGGGCUGAUUUGAUUCAAGAUACACCAACACCAGGGGCUUCAAAAAGAAGAUCACGUUGGGAUGAAACACCUUCAGCAGCAACCCCUUCAGUUUCAAUGACACCCGGAGCAAUGACACCUCAAACUCCCCAUGGAACACCAGGUCACAGCACACCAAUGUUAACUCCGGGAGGUUCCACGCCUGUCGGUGUAAAAGCAAUGGCUAUGGCAACUCCAACUCCAGGUCAUUUAACAUCAAUGACACCAGAACAAUUACAAGCUUAUCGUUGGGAACGAGAAAUUGAUGAAAGAAAUCGACCUUACACUGAUGAAGAGUUAGAUGCAAUGUUUCCGCCUGGAUUUAAAAUUUUACCACCUCCAGCUGGAUACAUUCCUAUUAGAACACCUUCGAGGAAACUCGCAGCUACGCCAACCCCAUUAAUUGGAAACACACCCCAAGGAUUUUUUAUUCAACAAGAAGAUAAAACAGCCAAAUAUUUGGAUAAUCAACCGAAAGGGCAAGAUUUGCCGUUUAUGAAACCGGAAGACGCACAAUAUUUUGAUAAGUUAUUAGUGGAUGUUGAUGAGGAAAGUUUAAGCCCAGAAGAACAAAAAGAAAGGAAAAUUAUGAAGUUGCUUUUAAAAAUAAAGAACGGAACACCCCCCAUGAGAAAAGCAGCUUUAAGACAAAUUACUGACAAAGCGAGAGAAUUCGGCGCGGGACCUUUAUUUAAUCAAAUUUUACCAUUAUUGAUGAGUCCAACACUUGAAGAUCAAGAACGACAUUUAUUGGUGAAAGUUAUUGAUCGAAUUCUUUAUAAAUUAGACGAUUUAGUUCGUCCAUACGUCCAUAAAAUCUUGGUCGUCAUCGAACCAUUAUUAAUCGACGAAGAUUAUUAUGCGAGAGUUGAAGGUCGCGAAAUUAUUUCGAAUUUAGCUAAAGCAGCUGGAUUAGCUACGAUGAUUUCAACAAUGCGACCUGAUAUUGAUAAUAUUGAUGAAUAUGUCAGAAACACCACAGCUCGUGCUUUUGCUGUUGUGGCAUCAGCUUUGGGAAUUCCCUCUUUAUUACCAUUCUUAAAAGCGGUUUGUCGUUCAAAAAAAUCCUGGCAAGCUCGACAUACAGGCAUAAAAAUCGUUCAACAAAUCGCCAUUUUAAUGGGAUGCGCAAUUUUACCCCAUUUAAAAUCGUUAGUAGAAAUUAUUGAGCACGGUCUCGUUGAUGAACAACAAAAAGUUCGUACAAUUACAGCUUUGGGUAUCGCCGCUUUAGCUGAAGCUGCUACACCGUAUGGUAUUGAAAGUUUUGAUUCGGUUUUGAAACCGUUAUGGAAAGGUAUUCGUACGCACAGAGGAAAAGGUUUAGCCGCGUUUUUGAAAGCUAUCGGUUAUUUAAUCCCUUUGAUGGACGCUGAGUACGCUAAUUAUUACACUAGGGAGGUGAUGUUGAUUUUAAUAAGAGAGUUCCAAUCUCCUGAUGAAGAAAUGAAAAAGAUCGUUUUAAAGGUAGUGAAGCAAUGUUGCGCUACUGAUGGUGUUGAAGCUCAAUAUAUUAAAGAGGAAAUUCUUCCGCAAUUCUUUAAACAUUUUUGGAACCACCGCAUGGCUCUCGAUCGAAGAAAUUAUCGCCAAUUAGUUGAUACAACGGUUGAAAUUGCGAAUAAGGUCGGGGCUUCCGAAAUUAUUAACCGCAUCGUUGAUGAUCUUAAAGAUGAAAAUGAGCAGUACAGAAAAAUGGUUAUGGAAAGUAUUGAGAAAAUUAUGGGAAAUUUAGGCGCCGCCGAUAUUGAUUCGCGCUUAGAAGAACAACUCAUUGAUGGAAUUUUAUACGCUUUCCAAGAACAAACUACGGAAGAUGUAGUUAUGUUAAAUGGGUUUGGAACGAUUGUUAAUCAAUUAGGGAAACGAGUUAAACCCUAUUUACCCCAAAUUUGUGGUACAAUUUUAUGGAGAUUAAACAACAAAUCGGCUAAAGUUCGUCAACAAGCAGCUGAUUUAAUCUCCAGGAUAGCUGUUGUGAUGAAAACUUGUCAAGAAGAAAAAUUAAUGGGUCAUUUAGGUGUAGUUUUGUAUGAAUAUUUAGGUGAAGAAUACCCUGAAGUUCUUGGAUCAAUCCUAGGAGCUUUAAAAGCGAUUGUAAACGUAAUUGGAAUGACGAAAAUGACCCCUCCAAUAAAAGAUCUCUUGCCGCGUUUAACACCGAUAUUAAAGAACCGUCACGAAAAAGUACAAGAAAACUGUAUUGAUUUAGUUGGAAGAAUCGCCGAUCGUGGCCCCGAAUAUGUCUCAGCUCGCGAAUGGAUGCGAAUUUGUUUUGAAUUAUUAGAAUUGUUAAAAGCGCACAAAAAAGCUAUUAGAAGAGCAACCGUAAAUACUUUUGGGUAUAUCGCUAAAGCGAUUGGUCCCCAUGAUGUCUUAGCGACUUUAUUGAAUAAUUUAAAAGUACAAGAAAGACAAAAUCGAGUUUGCACAACAGUGGCGAUUGCUAUUGUUGCUGAAACUUGUUCGCCAUUCACUGUUUUACCCGCUUUAAUGAACGAGUAUCGCGUACCGGAAUUAAACGUACAAAAUGGAGUUUUAAAAUCGCUCUCAUUUUUGUUUGAGUAUAUCGGUGAAAUGGGUAAAGAUUACAUUUACGCUGUUGCCCCAUUAUUGGAAGAUGCAUUAAUGGAUCGUGAUCUUGUACACAGACAAACCGCUUGCGCAGCCAUAAAACACAUGGCUCUCGGUGUUUAUGGAUUCGGUUGUGAAGACGCUUUGAUUCAUUUAUUAAAUUACGUUUGGCCAAAUAUCUUUGAGACAUCCCCUCAUUUAGUACAAGCAUUUAUGGAUGCCAUCGAAGGGAUGAGAGUCGCUUUGGGGCCGAUUAAAAUCUUACAAUACACUUUACAAGGAUUGUUCCAUCCAGCUAGAAAAGUUAGGGAUGUUUAUUGGAAAAUUUAUAAUUCUUUAUAUAUCGGCGGACAAGAUGCUUUAGUUGCUGGUUAUCCCAGGAUAAGUAAUGAUCCCAAGAAUCAGUAUAUUAGAUACGAGCUUGAUUACGCAUUAUAAAUAAUAGUGUUGACUUUUUAAUUUUAAUUUCCAAUUUUUACUUUUUGUUUAUUAAAGUUUAUUGAUUGAUAUGGAAAAAAUGUGUCACUGUCUCUUAAAGAUAUGUUUGAAUUAUGUCGAAAUAAAAUAAUUAUUCAAAACA